GACAAAAUAUAGUCCCCGUUUUUUAACUCGAAAUUACCGAAAGGAACGGCGAACCGGUACCGCUUUGGACCCGUCCAAGUUCGACUGUGCCCCGGAGAGCAGCCGUGUCGGACUCGGGCCCGUUCCGUGGGGUUUGGAGCACUUUUGGAGACGGGCGGAAAGUGGGUGAUGAGUCCCAGCCUGUGUAAAAAGAAGCGAGAACUUGCUCUGCAGCCUGGAGUAGUUCUUCUUUCAAUUGUUAUUGUCGCUUUAAAAAAAAUCUUUAAUUCACUUAAACUUGGUCUCGGCCGCGUCCAAAGUGGGAGAAAAGUGUUUUCCUGGUGGGAACAUGGAACUACAAGGCCUACAAGAGGCACUGAAAGUGGAGCUCCAGUGUCAUCAGAACCAGACGUUGUGCAAAGGCCUCAAUGAGCUUCAGAACGGCCAGAAGCUGGCCGUCCGAAGCUGUCCCGUGGGGACCGCCAAGCCGCUGUCGCUCAUCAAGCCCCCCAGCCAGAGCAUCGCGAUCUCUGUGCUGCCGGCCAAGGCCCCCGUUUCCAUGGUGACCGCGCAAUUUAACGGCCAGAAGGCGGCGGCGCCGGAGCCGCUGCAGGCGUCCCCUAUAAACCUCCAGGCGGCCGGAGUCGUUCCGUUCAGCGGCGGCAGGAGAGCCGGGGAGCUGCUGGCUCCCUCCCAGAUGCUGGGAACUCUCACUGCUCUGCCCAUCAAGGUGCCUCAAGUCAGCUCUCUGCACCGGCUGGCAGGACAAGCAGCCACUGUGCUACCUCAGGUCAGGCCAAAGACCCAGAUCCCCGACAGCCUCCCCCACACUCCCUGCCAGGAGCUGCAGCCGCUCAGCCUGCAGAGAGUAACGGCUGUGGUCAGCCCCAAGAGCCCAAACCCCACCCUGCCCACCGCCAACAGCACCUUCAGCUCCGACCACCAGCAGGUCAGCCAGAGCAACGCCUCUCCAUCAGCAGGCCUCGACCUGGGCACGGCCGCCCAGCACGCCUCUGCAGGGCCAGGCGUGGCGUACGCCAUCAUCGCCGCCUCGCCCGCCACCGGGAACGGCGUGUCGGCUGUCAGCGAGGCUGUAAAGGUGAUAAUAAUCCAGCCGCAGGCCCCCAGCAGCACCGAUGGGUCCCCAGCUGACCUCCCUUCACCUGAGGCUCCCACCGUAAAAUCCCCUCCCAAGAAGAAGGAGGAGGAUCCAGAGAAAAUCGCCUUCAUGGUGGCCCUUGGCCUCGUCACCACAGAGCAGCUGGAAGAGAUUCAGACGAAGAGGCAGGAGAGGAAGAGGAGAAGCACAGCCAACCCGGCCUACAGCGGCCUCUUCGAGCCCGAGAGGAAACGCCUGCCGUCACAUUACCUGAACAGCUCCCUCUACCUGUCGGCACGAGAGGAUUUCUGCUGGAAGGAGGAGCUGGAGCAUGACGACCUCUGCGCCGUCUGUAAGGAGGACGGAGAGCUGCAGCUCUGCCACAACUGCCCCCGAGCCUUCCACCCCACCUGCCUCCACCCGCCCAUCAAAAGCCCCCCCAGAGGCGCCUGGUACUGCCCCAAGUGCCAGAAGAAGGUCCUGAACAAGGAGAACCUGUCGUGGCCUCAGAACUUCGUCCAGUCCUACGUGACGCACAAGACGGUGAGGACGGAGGAGAAGCGGCGGCUGCUGAGACGAAACAAUGAGUUGAAGAAGGAGUGCGCUCACCUGGAGGAGCAGGACAAGAACCUCAACAAGACGCUCAAAGUCUGCAUGGACCAGAGGGAUCGACUCCUCGGUUUGCAGCGCGACACUCAGGCGUCGCUCGACCGCAUCAAGACACUCGUCAGGCUGAUCCAGCGAGACCAGCUGGUCCAGGUCACCAUGACGACCAUCGCCACGCUCCCCCAGCUGUGGAUGAAACCCAUCAGCACCGUCGCCAUGGCGCCGUCGACCGCGCCGCUGCAGCCGGGUCAGGACGACGUCGCCAACUAGACCCAACGUCUCUGAAGUGUUUUCAAACCCAACACCUACAGUGCUUAACGAGAUUUUUUUAAGUUAUUUUCUAUUUAUUCUUCGCCUUAAUGUAUUUAUUAUGAACCGGUAGAAUCCAGCUUCCGAGCGGCUGUACAGCGAUUUAUCCGAGUAGACGUUCGAUUCCAUCCUGUGAACAAAGUUCCUGCCAUACGACUUCAGGAAGACGUUUCCACACGCAGACGAGCCUUCAAACAAAACAGAGAACUACAAUUUUCUCAGUAUUUAUAGAGUUAAAGUCAAAGAAAAAAAUAUUUAAGAUUAAACUACAGAAAUUA